UUUAACUAAUUGGGAGGUGGCCUGAGAUCAGAGGACCCUGCUCACUUCCUCCCACUGCAGCAGGCUCCCAUGCAACCUGCCUACCUCCCCCAGGAUGAAACCACCCAUUGCCCUGGCUUUCCUUUGCCUCCUGGUGCCCUUGGCUGGCGGGAACCUGGUCCAGUUUGGAGUGAUGAUUGAGAGAAUGACCGGAAAGCCCGCACUGCAGUACAAUGACUACGGCUGCUAUUGUGGCGUCGGUGGCUCCAACUGGCCGGUGGACCAGACCGAUUGGUGUUGUCAUACCCAUGACUGCUGCUAUGGCCGCCUGGAGAAGCUGGGCUGUGACCCCAAGCUGGAAAAGUACCUCUUCUCUAUUACUCGGAACAACAUCUUCUGUGCUGGUAGAACGGCUUGCCAGCGGCAGACCUGUGAGUGUGACAAGAGAGCCGCUCUCUGCUUUCGCCACAACCUGGGCACUUACAACCGCAAGUAUGCCCACUACCCCAACAAGCUGUGUACAGGACCCACCCCACCCUGCUGAGGCCCUGCUCGGCUCCAUAGCCACCCCAGGCUGCUCUGCCCCAGGCCUGGAGAAGCUGAGAACCGGGAUUCCUCUGCUGCAAACUCACCGUCCCCCUCACGGCCCCCACCCCCCACCCCCCCUUCCGUGCAAGCAUCCUGAGUCCUGGUUCUGGCCUCCAGGGCCACACCAGGUCCUCAGGAUCCUCUAAAGGAGCUACAGAACUCACAGAUCCACUAAGUCUCUUCUGGCCUCUCAGUUCCCCCUUCUGAACAAGAGAAUUCUAUUUUCCUGUAA